GGGGAAGCGUGAUUGGAAGCGCGAGCGGACGUAACGGAGAAACAGCAGACGCAAAAGGAGAGAGGGAGGAGAUAGAACAAGGAUAUACGUAACCGGGAUCUCAGCUGUAUUAGCGGAAGACGGGAUUCAGGCUUGUAGUGACAACUAGAAACAGCAAUAUGGGGAACUAGUCCAGGGAAGAGCGAAUCAAGCAUUUGGAUUAAACCAACAUAUUGCUCAGAUGGUAGCGCUCGCUUCUGCGCCGCAAUUCAUAUCGCGUUGAUUUUAUUUUACACGUUCAUUAUUUUACUUAUCAGAGCACCAGAAUUGCUAAAGUAGCAUUUAUUUCUAAGGUAGCCCACUUCAGCAAUAAGGGCUCUCUAAAUCGCCGCGCGUGGAAGAUACAGUGCUGCGAUAUACGUGAUCAUACAUUUAUACAAAUCGGAUCGACUGUUUUGCUGAAGAGUUCGUUUUUUCUCCUUUAAGGCAUCGGACACCAGCAAUGUUCUCUGAAAUAUUGAGUUACUGGUGCCCAGUUUGAACUGACCUGUAGUCUUUUGACACCAGAAGAGAGAGAGAGAAGAUUUUCAGUGCACGUUCAGCAAGAGAUCAUCACUCUCGUGCAAAAGAGGUAUCAUGUCUUCCAGAGAGCGACGCUCUGAUCUGUACAUAAAGGCCGAACCCAGCAGUCCAGAGGGAGGAGGAGGUGGUGGUGGUGGUGGCAGAACCAGCCCAGGAGGUGCAUCCUCAGACUCGUCCCAUAGCGGAGGAGGGGGUUCCAGAGGAGAUGGCACUGGGCGCUACUCUCCGCCUCUUUACACGCCCGCUCUGCGAUGCCACUUUAAGGAGGAAGGUGCAGAUGGAGUCGAAGAAGGAUCUACCGGGAGCGCCGGUGGACGCUGCAAGUAUGCGCUAAGCACGCUUCCCAAGAGACUGUGCUUGGUGUGUGGUGAUGUGGCUUCUGGGUACCACUACGGAGUGGCUUCCUGCGAAGCCUGUAAAGCUUUCUUCAAAAGAACCAUACAGGGCAAUAUUGAGUACAGUUGUCCAGCCUCCAAUGAAUGUGAAAUCACCAAGCGCCGCAGGAAGGCCUGUCAGGCAUGUCGCUUCACCAAAUGCCUCAAAGUAGGCAUGCUCAAAGAAGGAGUCCGUCUGGAUAGGGUCAGAGGCGGGAGACAGAAGUACAAGAGACGCCCGGAGGUGGAGAAUGCCACAUACCAGAGUGCAGCCAUACCUUUAAGGAAGGAGGGCGAAAAAGGUUCAUCCAGCAUCAUUGUGUCUCAUCUGCUGGUGGCGGAGCCAGAAAAGCUGUUUGCUAUGCCAGACCCCCUGCAGCCUGACACAGCCCAGCGCACGCUCACCACUCUCUGUGAUCUGGCCGACCGGGAACUAGUUGUCAUCAUCGGCUGGGCCAAGCACAUUCCUGGUUUCCUCUCCUUAUCCCUGGCAGACCAGAUGUCAGUUCUGCAGUCGGUGUGGCUGGAGGUCUUGGUGUUGGGGGUGGCUUACCGCUCUCUCGGCUGCGAGGAUGAGGUGGUGUUCGCCGAAGACUUUGUGCUGGAUGAGGAGAUGUCACGCGUGGCCGGCCUGACCGAGCUCAACGCGGCCAUCAGCCAACUCGCGCGCCGCUUCAGGGCCCUGCAGCUGGACCGCGAGGAGUUCGUCAUGCUCAAGGCCAUCGCUCUCACCAACUCAGAUUCAGUGUACAUUGAGGACAUGGAGGCCGUGCAGAAGUUAAGGGACCUGCUGCAUCAGGCUCUACUGGAAAUGGAGGUCCAACGACGUCCCGAUGACCCACAGCGUGCCGGACGUCUCCUCCUCACCCUGCCGCUCCUCAGGCAGACCGCCGGCCGGGCCCUUUCCACCUUCUACAGCAUCAAGACUCGUGGCGGGGUGCCCAUGCACAAACUUUUCUUGGAGAUGCUGGAGGCCAUGAUGGACUCACCAUAGAGGGCGGACGGCACUUGGAUGAAUGAAUGAGGAAAACAGGCAAAUUGUCUGAAGUCUUUUUUUGUGAUAGUGCUUUUUCUUGUGAAAAGAAAGCGCAAGGGCUAAAAAAGCCAAAAGAAGCGGUUUGACAACAAGGUUGAAAAUGAAGACGACGCUUUGUGUUAUCAACUGUCCAAACUUCUCCGUAUAAAAGGUUGUUCACGUCAAAUUCUCCACGUUCAUUUGAUUUCAGGAAACUUUAUAUCCGACAAACUUUAUAUUUAUAUCAGUGUUAGUGGCACCGCAGGUUGUGUAGUUCAUUUUCCCACCUCGUGGCCAUCCUGUUCCCUCGAGAUAAGUGUUUAGAGAAGCUAACCAUUACUGUAAACUCAGAGAAAUUUACGUGCCAAGGGCGUCUAGUGAGACUGCAGCAAUACGAACUCUUUCGCAAAAUCACGUUGACGGUCAAUUCUGUGAUAUCGCUUUGAUUUCUCAUUUUUUAACGAAGGUCGCCCAUUGAAACAAACCGCACGACAUGCACAGCAUGUCUUAAAACACAGCACUAUCACUACACUGAUAAUCCAUAGUAAGCUUUCUUUUAUGUGAGUUAAUGCCCUCAUUACAAGUGUUUUAAUAUGCAAAACCGUUAAACAUAAGUGAAGACCAACAGGAGCGAUUACACAAACUGCUGUUUGUAGCUACAGAGGUUUUUUUAGAAACGUAUUUCAGUUUACUGGUAUACACCGGUACAUUUACUACAAGCAAAUAUAGUGCAACAUGUAAUAUAACGGAAAGCAAUAUGAAAGAUUUCAUAGAAUUAGUUUGAUGUCAGCUAUUUUUAUAAUGGCUACAUAUAGCAGCCAAUGCACCUCCAGGUACGUCCUGCUUGGAAUCGCAGUUUAGUUUAGGUGUAGUCCCAUAGCAAAGACGAUUAAAAAACGAAUAAAAAUUAACAUUUAUAGAAACUAUACAUCACCGUCCUUUGUAUAUUUACCAGAUAACGUCAUCCUCUUUAGAUGUGGUUUGUGUGUGGAAUGUGAGAUUAUAGGUACAAUAGAUGCAAAGUGCACACGCUGAGCUGAACUGAACCGCAGGUGCGUCUAUAUCAGGGUAAGUGAGGAGUCUUCGCUCCUGUAGGCCAGCUGACUACUACUUAGAUUUUAGCCAUUUUGCUGUGAGUUUUUCAAACGGUGGUUCAUAUCCAGUUUAAAAGACACCGCGGGACCUCAUCCGUGUCACAGAUCCUCAAUUCUUCCGUUGUCCCUGAUCAUAUGACACUGGCCCGCGAAGUGACCCAUUGAGCCAGCGCUGUUGGAAUCAUUCAGCUCACAUUCGUCGCUUCUGCAUUCAGAAAGACUGAAAAACGUUCAUUUGAGGGGAGAAAAAAAAUAUUCCUUGCUGUACUCCACCUGGACGCAGCGAACGGUCUCUGUCGGUUCAUUUGAACCUGGAGGCUUUCAAUCUGUGCGUUGUUCAAACUGAGCGCCUCUGAGGCAAAGAGCAACAUUAAAUGCAAAUCGGAAAGCCCCAGAACGUGGGGUCAGAUUGAAACUGUUCUUUUAUGAAGACGUUUGUUUGUUUUACUGCUGUGUGUGGUCUGUUCGUAAUUGUUUGUUUGCAGACGAUGGUCUGGUAUUAUAUGCAAUCAUACUCUGUUGAGUGCUACAACUUCGCUACCUUUUAUUUAUUAGACACAUUUUAAAACAAGGGGAAGAAAAGCCAGUUGCCAUUUUGGCCUCUUACCAAUUUAAGUAGUAACAUUUGAAACCACUGUUGUUCAGACCUCUGAGGCGAUGUCAUGUCGACUGUACACUUUUAGCAGCAAUGAUUGUAUGUGCACUCUCAUAAUGGUUCACGUUAGCAGGAAUCUGGAUAAAACCACAUCCUGGACUUGAAAGGAUCUGUAACGUUUUCAGCUCAAGAAUAUUUUAAAUGUGUACAUCUAUAGAUGCGUAUUUAUAGAAAUAAAUUUUUAGUCAGCUAGUCACAGCUGAAUUCUGGCUGAUUUUGGUUUUCCAUAUAUACCGUGAAGCUUGGCCUCGGGUUUGGUAUCGAAAUAAAGCAAUCCAUUUGGGAGAAUGUUAUGAAAUGUGUAUUUUAUCGAAUUGUCUUUUUGAUUUAUUUUUUCUUUUUGUAAUUAAAGUACUAAUUUGGCCAGGAACAUGAAAGCCAGUGGAAGUUAGCUGUAUGUUGUCUUUUUUCUUGUGAAACUUUAUUACAAUAUAGUAUUUCAGACACUAAUAUAAAAUACUGCAAAACUUGCUCUUGCUCCCUUGUUUUUCUCAGUCGUGUACUACUAAAAUGCCACCAGUCUGUCUGAUAAGGGAACUUUGGUAUAUGUCAAUAAAAUUGGUUCAGUCUAUACACAUCUAUAAAAGCUAAAAAAAUGCCUUUUCCUUUUUAAACUUUCUUUUUUUCUCAUUUGUAUACAAGAGUGUGUCUCUCCUAAGCGGUUAUUGGGGUGUCGUGAAAUGUGUACAUAAACAUGAAUGAGUGGGUCCAUUUAAAGAUGGCUGUAAAAUAUUAAUGUUUGUAUCAAUAAUGCUAAUAUAACAAUAUUACAGUAGUGUUUUAAUAGCGGUAAGCAUUAAAUAAAGCCAUUUGUCUGUCAAAUGUAGAACAUUACAUGAUUGAAAGAUAAGUUAAAUCCACGGCUAGGUGUUUGUGUGUCUUGUAUAUUUAUGUAAAUGAGCAAUACCAGAAUUUACCAAAUGUUUUUUUCUCUGUAUAUUGAUAUACUGUAAAUCAAACCUCAAGAGUACCACCAGUGACAACAGUUAAUAGUAAUAAUAUAAACUACGGUAAAGAACAAAUCAAUAUUUGUAUUCAAAAAGGUUGUAUUUAAAAUAUUAAAAUCUAUUUUUUACUCAAUUUGCGGAUGUUUAUUAAUAUGAUUAUUCUGGUAUUUGUGUGUGUUGAAGUCAAAUUAUUGUAAAUUUCUGUGCUUUUGUUUCUUUUUGUAAAGCUCCGUGGUUCUGUGGUAGUAACUUAUUUCCACACAUUGUUCAUAUUGAAUCACUGUGAAGAGAAAGCAAACACGAAAACACCACAGGAGUAUUUUAAAAUAUUGUCCGUGUCAAUGUGUUUUUUUUAAAUAAACUAACACACCUCAUCUCUUGUCAUUGUGUU